AUGGUUAGAAAAAUAUACCGCCACCGGGAAAUAGCGGCCCUCACCGGCGGCAAGUGGUGGUUGGUUUGUUGCAUGGCCCUAUGCACGGUGGUGGUGACCGGAGAGGAGAUUUUCUUGGAGUGGCAUGUUAAGAUAAACGACGCUAUCAAGCCAGUGUCGGAAAAUCAACCGGUUAUUACGAUUAAUGAUUUGUUUCCGGGUCCUCUUAUUAACGCGACGACGAACGACAAUCUGCAUAUCAAUGUGUAUAACGAAAUGGAUGAGCCACUUCUCAUGACAUGGAAUGGGAUUCAACAAAGGCUAAACUCAUGGCAAGAUGGGGUGUCGGGUACGAAUUGCCCGAUCCAACCCGGUUCGAAUUGGACUUACGUUUUCCAAAUGAAAGAUCAAAUCGGUAGCUUCUUCUAUUUUCCUUCGAUUAAUUUUCAGCGGGGUGGGGGUGGGUUCGGCCCUAUCCGAAUCAAUAACCGGGUCGUCAUUAACGUGCCGUUUCCGAAACCCGAACAAGAGUUUGAUCUUCUUAUUGGUGAUUGGUAUCAACAAAGUUUCAAGGAUGUUAGGGUCAACGGUGGUUAUGGAUAUUUAACAGAUUGGAUCCUUAUGAAUGGAAAAGGCCCAUUUAUUGACCCCCUUACCGGAGCCUACGAGUCUUUCAACGUAUCCCAAGGGAAAAGCUAUAGAUUUAGAAUUUCCAACGUGGGCAACAUGUGGAGCUUCAAUUUCAGGAUUCAAAACCACACAAUGCUGUUGGUCGAAACGGAAGGUUCAUACACCAAUCAGAUCACGUUAAAUUCUCUAGAUGUCCACGUAGGACAGUCUUACUCUGUACUCGUCGCAGCGAAUCAAAUCCCAGGAGAUUACUACAUCGUGGCAACUCCUAAAUGGGUCAACUUGACUAACCCGAAUGCUACAGCGGCUGUCGGGCUUCUACACUAUGACAAUUCGAAUACAACUGUAAAUGGGCUUUUACCAACUGGGCCCGACCCGUUUGAUAUCGGCUUCUCCCUCGAUCAAGCCCGAUCAAUCACGUGGAAUUUGACAGCCGGUGCAGCAAGACCAAACCCACAAGGCACAUUCAAUGUGUCAAAUGUGACACUAUCACAAACAUUUGUUCUUCGUCAAUCAUUUGCCCUAAUAAACGGCACCCCUCGUUACACCGUGAACAACGUUACGUAUCUAACGACACACACCCCGUUGAAAUUAGCCGAUUAUUACCUAAACGGCUCCGGCAUUUACGACCUCGACGCUUUUCCCGUUCACUCGAGCCUCCCGGGCGCGGUCAAAGCCCCGUUUGUAGUGUCCGGGACCCACAAGGGAUGGCUCGAGAUCGUGUUCAUUAAUGUCUUGGACACGAUCGAUUCUUGGCAUUUGGAUGGGUACGGAUUCUUCGUCGUCGGGUUUGGUGUAGGAGAUUGGACACCGGAAGUACGUGUUACGACGUACAAUUUCGUCGAUCCAGUUGUACGUUCAACUGUCCAGGUGUACCCUAAAGGAUGGACAGCUGUGUAUGUGUAUUUAGACAAUCCAGGAAUGUGGAAUUUAAGGUCACAAAAUUUAAUACAUUGGUACUUAGGUCAAGAACUCUACAUUAGGGUUUUUGAUCCUGAUCUCAAUCCUGCCAAAGAGAAACCACCCCCAGAUAACCUCUUGUUUUGUGGAGUCUUUGAACCGCCGACAUAUCCUCCGGCAACUCCAACACCGAAUCCAGUGCCAGAUUCCGCUCCACCACCACCACCACCAUCUUCGGCUGCGGUGAACAUUUCUCACAUAGGCUGGUAA